AUGCAAGCCACUCGGAAACGGGGCUCCGUCACUGGCCUUGAUGAAGUGACUCGCACUCCUAGUGGUAUCCGUGGCCUGGUACAAAACAGAGGAUGUUUGGGAUUGGCCUUGUUCGCCUCUCUUGGGGGUGUCCUCUACGGCUAUAAUCAGGGAGUGUUUGGUCAGGUCCAGGUCAUGUCUGAUUUCGAGCAUCGUUUUGCAGCCACUCUUAACAACUCUUCAACCAAAGGCCUUCUUACUGGAAUUUUAGAGCUGGGAGCUAUGGCUGGAGCUUUGGGCAGCAGUCCACUCGCGGACAAAUAUUCCAGGAAGCUUUCAAUUUCAGCCUGGUGCAUUAUCUUCAUACUUGGUGUCGCCCUUCAAGUAGGUGCGCCUAGCAACGUCGCUUUCAUUUACUCUGGUCGUUGGUUUGCCGGCAUGGGUGUUGGUGGGCUUUCCGUCGUUGUGCCCAUGUUCAACGCCGAGCUUGCGCCUGCAUCCAUUAGAGGUACCCUAGUUGGUCUACAGCAAGUAGCAAUUUGCUUCGGCAUCAUGAUAUCAUAUUGGAUUGGGUACGGUACUAACUAUAUCGGUGGAACUACCUACCCAGAUCAAUCAAGCGCAGCUUGGAGAAUUCCGCUUGCACUUCAGCUAAUCCCUGCAAUUAUCCUUUGCGUUGGCUCGUGGUUCCUCCCGUACUCGCCUCGAUGGCUCAUGCUAGUCAAUAAGGAAGAAGAAUGUCUUGCGGUUUUGGCUCGCCUUCGAAAACAGGACGCAAGCUCUCCAGCAGUUCAGUAUGAAUAUCGGUCGCUCAAGGUCGAGGCUUAUGCAGACCGUGAGACCUCUAGAUUGCGCUACGGAACUGAAAAGAAGAACUGGCGCACUGAGGUCCUUGAGUACAAACGGAUUUUCACAACAAAAGUACUUCUACAUCGUGUUGGUCUCGGCGCCGGUGUUCAAGCAUUUGGCCAGUGGUCAGGAAUCAAUUCAAUCAUCUAUUACGCUCCAACCGUUUUUGCACAAGUCGGUCUUUCGGGCGGAAGCAUUGGACUACUGGCCACUGGAGUUGUGGGUAUCGUAAUGUUCAUCUUCACGAUCCCAGGCGCUCUUUUGGUGGAUAAGGCUGGUCGCAAGCCAAUGCUUUUCUGGGGCUUGGCCAAUAUGGGUAUCUCCCACGCAAUUGUUGCUGCCCUCAUCGCUACCUACGGCGAUAAUUUUGAAGAGCACAAGUCUGCCGGCAAUGCCGCUAUUUUCUUCAUUUACUGGAUGAUCCUUAACUACGCAAUGCCCUAUGGACCUAUCGGCUGGGUCGUCACUGCGGAGGCGUCAUCGCUUGAUAUACGCGCCAAAGGAGUCGCUAUUGGUUCUGCAGUGAACUGGAUCAUGAAUUUCGCUGUCGCACAAGUCACGCCUGUUAUGCUCACGAACAUUGGCUACAAGACCUUCAUCGUCUCCAUGUGCUUCUGUGCCCUUGGUCUGGUCUGGAUCUACUUUGUUUUGCCAGAAUUGAAAGGCUUGACGCUCGAGGAGAUUGAUGCCGUUUUUGCGGACGAGGUCAGCGCAGAAGAUCGUCUCCGCCGCGAGCGCCUUGCAGUCGAGCUUGGAAUCAAUGGCAUGGCGGAUCUGGCUGCAGAUGUUGGAAUUAUAGACGAGCACAAAGAUUCGUCGUCUAAGCGGGAGGUCGAAAUGGUGGAGGAAUAG